CAUGACCCUAUUUCUAUUAUAUACUACAAAACCCGAUGUAAGACAAUGGCUGAGCUGCAUUGUAUACCCUAUUUAUUUGUUCUUAUUCUGCUGAUAAAUGUGGAACAGAUUCAGUGUCAGGAACCGUCUUCCUUAGAUAUCUUCAAUGAUACUGCAGAAUUUGUAGACUGUGGAGGUCAUAUUUAUGCCGGUCAUGGUUAUUUUGAAAGUCCAGGUUUUCCGGAUGUUUAUCCUAACAAUAUUGAUUGUGUAUGGAGUAUAACUACCAGAGAAAAGGACACAAUUCGUAUUUCUUCUGAAUAUUUCUUUCUCGAAGAUCAACCAGAGUGUUCAUGGGAUUAUUUAGAGAUAAGGGAUAAUAUGAACAAUGCUCCAAUACCAUGGAAAUAUUGUGGCGAACAGUUGAUCAACUAUACGUCAACAUCCAACAGUUUAACAGUUAACUUUCAUACUGAUAGCUUCACUCAAAAUGCCGGAUUCAGACUGAAGUAUGAUGUCAUACGAGGUGCUAAGAUGCCUGAUUAUUGUAACAAGACAAUAGAGAAGAAUUGUUAUAUUACCAGCCCUAAUUAUCCUCUACCCUAUUUACCCGAUACCUAUUGUUAUUAUCAUAUACAGGCCAGCCCAGGUUACCGUGUUCAGAUAAAGUUCGUGGAUUUUCAUGUUGAAAUAGAACCAUGUGUAUUUGAUGUUGUUACUGUUUAUGACAGAUUACCCACCGGUAGAAAACAAUUGGCCUCUUUGUGCGGUAAAAAUGCCAAAGGCCCCUUCCAAUCUACUUUUGAAUCACUGUUAAUGGUACUUGAAAGUGACAACACAUUGCAAACAAAGGGUUUCAAUGCUUCCAUUGAAUUCAUUCCGUUACCGAACUUUUCAAAAUCUUGGACAACACAGUCCGAAACGACAUCUUUACCCGUCAUAUCAACGGAAUCCACAACGCUAUCAAAAACGUUAAAGAAAACAUCAACAACAGCUCAAACCUCCACAAGUACGCCGAAGCCAACAACCAGAGCUCCAACUACCACAACUGCUACUACUACCACGAUGACAACCACAACAGAAGCCCCCGUUACCUCACCGUAUGACAUAGAUUGUUCCUAUGUGUAUAUAAACAAGACUGGUUCUAUAUCAAGCCCAGGUUACCCAGACAAAUACUCUCAUAACAAACUAUGUAAUAUUACACUGGACGCCCGGGAGUUAAGUUUUAUCGUUGUCCAGUUCACAGAAUUUGAUAUAGAAGCUUCUGAACAUUGCUCUUACGAUCGCCUCUUAUUUUCACCAGAAGGUGUUGAAAAUUUAACUAAUUCUGUUGAACUGAAUAGUGUUUCACUGUGUGGCAAUGACUUAGAAAAUAAAAUAUUAACUUUUGAGAGUAGGUCAUUGAGUAUCAUCUUUAAAUCCGACACUUCUGUCAAUGACAAAGGUUAUUUGGCCAAUUAUUUCAUUACCCCGGUGUCUGCUGAAUCUGGUUGCACAUUAGAUUGUAAAAAUGGCGCUACAUGCAUGAAGAAAUAUACGGAAGAUAACAUUCCCGUUUGGAACUGUAUCUGUCCACCAGACCACCAUGGAGAAUUAUGUGACGAGAAACAUGUCACGUGUUUAACCCACCAUUGUCACCAUGACGGAAAAUGUAUAAAAGAUGGCGAUGACGUCAGAUGCCAGUGUGAGCCAGGAUUUUCUGGAGAAUUUUGUGAGUUGAAGGUUCCCAAUGGUCUAUGGUUUGUAAAGAAACCCCAGAAUACAAGUGUUGCUAGAGGUAGUAGUGUUCUGUUAGAGUGUUCUGUGAAUGAUAAUACUGCUGAUAUCACGUGGCUUCAUCGAGAUCGUAUACUGAGUAGAUUGGAUAAUAAUAAUGGUAUCAAUAUUUACCCUGGUGGCGUUCUUCUCAUACCGGAUAUUAAGGAAACACACGAGGGUCAAUACACAUGCGCUGUUAUAUCUUCUGGAGCUUGGAUAGAGACAUCUGCUUGGCUGUCUCUAGUUGGUCCCUGUCACUUAGAGGUGUCUAAGCUACCAGAGAACAUAACACGUGAAGUUGGCGAUGAGGCAUUAUUUGAGUGUAUUGUUCCUGGUGCCACUUCUAUCGUAUGGCAUAAAGAUGGCGAUAUAGUAUUUCCAACUAACAGAAAAUCGAUACUGGUGAAUGAUUAUCUAAUGAUAAGAAAUCUAGUCGAACCAGAUGCUGGUGUUUAUACGUGUGCAGCUUCUGGUGAAAAUGGCUGUUUUGCCAAGAAAUCCGCCACCCUUACAAUAAAAGAGACAGGUCACAAUGAAUUUUGUGGAAGACCUGUCGUUAGUGCAUCAAUAGAAGACAAAUUCCGAAUAGCUAGCGGUAGAGAGGCGAAGGAUGGUUCAGCACCAUGGCAUGUUACUAUCAUAGAAAAUACACACGGAACUGCAUAUUGUGGAGGUUCUCUGAUCAAUGAAAACUGGGUAUUAACAGCAGCACAUUGUGUGAGUCAAUUUGAAGAAUUCUUUAGGUACAAAUUUGAAACGAAAGUGAUAGAGAUGUUUUUUGGCACUAUACACUGUAACGGUCAGGGUGGUGUAUCAAGAAAGUUAAAAGACUAUAUCCUUUACCCAUCUUAUCAUGGUACAGAUUUUAAUGACGACAUAGCAUUAUUCCAAUUGGACGAACCGGUCACCUUUGGAGACAUGAUCAUGCCAAUUUGCUUGGAAAAGGAAACAUUUACCAAUGAACUUCUGAAAAGUGGGAAAGCCGGCAUAAUUACUGGAUGCGGGAGCAGAUAUGAGCGAGGACGACCUCCAAAAUUCUUGCACGAAGUAACAAUCCCGUAUGUUCCGAGGGAAGUCUGUGCGGAAAAAGCCAGGGCUGUUAAUGCGUCCUUCACUAGUGGGAUGAUCUGUGCUGGUUACGCGAGAAGUAUGCGGGGUGAUGCCUGCUCGGGAGACAGUGGUGGACCGUACACUAUGCAAUUUAAAGGGCGUUGGGUGUUAGUGGGUAUUGUCUCGUGGGGUGUGGGAUGUGAUCGAGCCAAUCAGUAUGGUUAUUACACACAUAUUUCCAGGUAUUUUGAUUGGAUAAUGUCCAUCAGUAGUGAUAAACAACGAAUUUAACCUUGCUUCCAAAGCACAUGUCGAUCAUUUCAAAUCUACUUUUAUUUUUAGUUAGUUAUUAGAAUUGAUCUGAAUUUGUUAUAAUAGCUAUGAACUGUAAUAAAUAUAUUUUGAUUAGUACAUUUUGUAAUUAUAUGCGUUCUUAAGGUGAAAAUUAUUAUUUUCUGAAAUAAACAAUGGUACAUUGUA